AUGAACGCCACAGAUAAUAUAUACAAGGGUCACAAUGAGACACAGAUACAAUUGAUGAAGGAGGAGUGCAUCGUUGUGGACAACAACGACACACCAAUCCGCCCCGGCUCCAAGAAGGAGUGCCACUUGAUGGAGAACAUCAACCAGGGUCUGCUGCAUCGCGCAUUCAGCAUCUUCUUGUUCAACACUGAGAACAAGCUGCUGCUGCAGCGUCGUGCGCUCGAGAAGAUCACCUUCCCCGGCUACUGGACCAACACGGUCUGCUCGCAUCCCCUCUGGCUCGAGAAUGAACUGGUCGAGAAGGAUGCCCGUGGAGUGCGUGUCGCCGCCCAACGCAAGCUUCUACACGAGCUUGGUGUACCAUUCGAGGAGGCACCCAUCGAUGCCUUCACCUUCAUGACCAAGAUCCACUAUGUCUCACCAUCCGUCGAGGACCCUCAAUGGGGAGAGCAUGAGAUCGAUCAUAUUCUGGUGAUCAAACGCAAUGUCAAUGUUAAGCCAGAGCCAAACGAGGUGAUGGACUACAAGUACGUGUCACAGGAUGAGUUGAAGGAGAUGUUUGCCGCUGAGGACAGAGGCGAGAUCAAGUUGACCCCAUGGUUCAGACUGAUCGCCCAGAAUCACCUCCAGCCAUGGUGGAACGAUGUUGACAACGUCACCAAGUAUGUCGAGCCCUCUGACAAGAUCCACAAGUACGUCUAA